ACAACAGCCGAUUAUAAUAAACCGAGUGCUGAUAGCCACAAUCAGGGGCAUGAACUGCUAGCAGUGCAGUGUGUGACGCAGUUUCAAUGAAGGAGGUAUUAGUCAGCUGCCUGUCUCAUACAUGGUCCGGACGUUCCAUGUAUUGAUGGUGGUGGUGGUCCUGGUAGAGAUGAUGGUGUUCAGUCUGUAAGCUUCCAGAUGACUCUGGCUUUCACUGACAUGCGGCGUCCUCCAACUGGAGGUCCAUCCUCUCCCAGACUUUCUCUAGACUUUGUUUGACAUUCUCUAUGGCAAAUUUAAAAACAUUCUUUAAGUUCACUCAAAACAUUUGGAUAUAUUUGCUGUCUCUGACAUUGGCAUCAAUAAGUCAAGAAUUCGAAUAUGAUAUUGAAAGCUUGAUUGGUGAUAAUCUUGACCUUAUAUCUGAGCACACACAGACACUCAGAUCUGGAGACCAGAUUUAUGACAGUCAUUUCUAUGCUGCUGAUUUUUUACGUGACUUUAACAAUGAGCUCCGCCAAUGGAGACACGCUUCAGCACAAGUGGACUGGAAUUAUAAAACUAAUCUAACUGACUCGAAUAGAAAUCAGAAGCUGAAGAUCGACUCAGAUUUUGAGAACUGGUGGAGAAGAAAAUUAAAGGAAGCCAAAAAAUUUCGUCAAGAAGCUUUACCAGAAACUUUCAGCAGACAACUGGCAAUGAUAACUUUAACAGCGACAUCUGAGAAGAAUGAUUUAAAUAGGCGACGAGACUUUAUACUUAGUAGAAUGGAAGCUAUCUAUGGAUCUACUAAGGCUUGCCUUACACGCAAUUCCUGUCUGCCGCUGGAACCUAGUCUGGUAGAUAUCAUGACAAAAUCACGUGAUCCAGAAUUCCUCAAAGAAACCUGGUUACAGUGGAGAAACAGUAUUGGCCCCAAAGUGAGACCUUACUUCACACAACUCAUACAGAUUUUGAAUGAAGCGGCAGUGGAAAAUGGUUUUUCAGAUUAUAGUGAUUUUUGGAAACAAGAUUUAUUUUUCAACACAUCCACACUAGACGCUACCAUAAUCACUCUGUGGACAGAAGUCAAACCAUUCUAUCAACAGCUUCAUGCUUAUGUGCGGAGAAAGCUCAGAGAAAGAUACGGCAGUGGCAUUAUCGGCAUUGACGGUGCAAUCCCUGCACAUCUCUUAGGUAAUAUGUGGGCACAACAUUGGCCAAAUAUUCUAGACAUCGUGAGUCCCUACCCUGAACUCAAUCAACAACCAAGUAUAGAAGCACGGCUGAGGAAAAGUUUCAAUGUUCAUGGUAUGUUUCGACUGGCCAACACUUUCUACACAUCUCUGGGUUUGUAUCCGAUGAGCUCAACAUUUUGGGACAAAUCAAUGUUUAGAAAACCAAGAGAUAGAAAUGUCGUCUGCCAUGCCUCUGCAUUUGAUCUGUACUUUCCCGGUGAUUUCAGAAUAAAGAUGUGCAGUGAGCUAACAUUCGAUUCAUUUCGAACUGUCCACCAUGAAAUGGGUCACAUUGAAUACUUCAUGUCCUAUGCUGACCAACCAACAAUAUUUAGAGAAGGGGCAAAUGCUGCAUUUCACGAGGCAAUAGGAGAUACAAUACAACUUUCAGUUCUAUCAGAAACACAUCUCAGAGGACUGGGUCUAAUUGAUGAAGACUACCUUCCUGACGAUCCAGACAUCCAAUAUAAGAGCUCUAUACAUAAUCUGUUGAGUAUGGCCUUAGAAAAACUGGCUUUUCUUCCGUUUGGCCUUUUCUUGGAUAUUUGGAGAUGGGAUGUGAUGAAAGGAAAGAUUACAGAAGAGAAUUACAACAAAAAGUGGUGGGAGAUGAGAUUACAGUACCAAGGACUUCGGUCACCUGUCCCUCGUUCUGAACAGAAUUUUGAUCCUGGAGCUAAAUAUCAUAUUAUCAGCAAUUCGCCUUACAUUAGUUACUUCAUCAGUUACAUUCAACAAUUUCAAAUGUUUCAAAGUCUGUGUCAAGUGAGUGGCUAUAAAGGUCCUCUACAUAAAUGUGAUAUCUACGGUUCACGGGAAGCAGGGCGAAAACUUAAACAUACACUCCAUUACGGCUCAAGUAUUCCCUGGCAAGAUCAACUUGAACACUUAACAGGAAGCAAACAGGUGAAAUCUGACGCCAUAUUGGAGUAUUUUAGACCGUUGUAUGACUGGCUAGUCCUGGACAACAUCGUACACAAAGAAAAGAUUGGUUGGAACGAAGCAGAAAUCAAUUGGAUUGAUGAGUGAUUCAGAAGUUCUUUGAUUGACUUCCUAAUAAAGUAAACGAAGAAGCCCUUCCAAAGUAAGACAAUACAAAACCAAAUGACAAACAUUUGCUGGCAACGUUCUUUUUGUUUCACUUUGUCAACUAAAGGUUCAAAUGAGGUUCAUGGUUCCAAGGUAGAAACAAGAAGACUACUGCCACCUCUAGAAAUACUCUAAUUUCUUUCUAUGUUCAUAGUGCACUACAUUACUGCCAAUAAAAUGUUUUUUUUUAUUUCAUUAAAUAUUUGUUUGUUACUUGGUGCUUUCAUUUGUCCAUACUUUACUUAUUUCAAUUUUUAUUAUAUUUUCAUUUAGAUUGAAUGAAAUACAAUUGUCAGAGUUAGGGAGAAAAUAUUAAACAGUUGUUGAAUGCC